AGAGAGGGAGCAGCAGAUGGACGGCUGCAGGGCCAGCAGCACACUCACAGAGGACAGACAGUCCGUGCCCCCGCCGGCGUGCACGCAUGCACACGCUCCGGAACACAGCAGCCGGGCGGCCUGGGAUAAGGCUGGUGGGGCAGUGAGAGUCCUGCGGGUCCUCUGGAUUGGAUGGUGAGAGCCAUAAUCCUGUUGGGAGGCGGAAUCAGGAUCCAGACUGCUGAGCACCAGGAGGAAGAGGGAACUCUUCUUCACUUUGCCCGCUCUGAGGCAGGGGGAGGCCGCUGUGGGAGAGGGUUUUGACUGCUGGACCCAGAUAAAUGCAACAGACAGUGGUGGGACGGGUUCUUCAUUAGGUCUUCUUUCCUUCUGGGUUUUCUGGGCCUGAGUGGACACCGGUGUGUCUGCGGCCCGGGGAGUGCAGGCCGAGGGUCCUUCCAUGGUCGAGAUGAGUCUGGACCCUGUGCAGGUGAUGAGCGGGCAGGUGAAGGAUCUCACGGUUUCCCCGUCGUCCAACGGAGACAGCAGAGGAUCAUGGGAGGAGAAAGAGGAGUUUGACCAGGACCGACUGGGCCUCACCACCAAGCCCAAGCCAGUGUCAGGAAGACGAGUCCGGAAGGUGGAGGGAGGCGUGUUCUUCCCAAAGCCCGAGAACGCGGUGACCAUAGCAGUGUCUUCGCGGGUUCUGUUCCGGACGGAGAGGGAGCAGAAGGUGUAUGAGCAGCAAGGUGUGGAGGAGUAUCUAAGAUACCAGAUUGAGCACGAGACCGAACCCUUCGAGCCCGGGCCCGCCUUCCCCUUUGUUAAGGCCCUGGAGGCGGUCAACACCCGCCUGCGGGACCUGUACCCGCAGAGCGAGGAGCUGUUCGACAUCGUCCUGGUGACGUACAACCACGCUCACGUCGGGAUCCGACUCAUCAACACCAUCAACCAUCACAACUUGUUCAUCGAGAGGUUCUGCAUGACGGGGGGGAGCAGCCCCAUCGGUUACCUGAAGGCCUGGCAAACCAACCUGUACCUGUCUGCCGACGCCGAUAAGGUCCGGGAGGCGCUGGCUGAAGGCAUCGCAGCGGCCACCAUGUUCACGGCAGUGAAAAGGACGGAGGUGUCAGAGACCCAGCUGAGGGUAGCGUUUGAUGGUGAUGCUGUCCUCUUUUCCGACGAGUCUGAGCGCAUUUUCAAGGCCCAUGGACUGGACAAGUUCUUCGAACAUGAGAGAGAAAAUGAGGACACACUUCUGGAUCAUGGUCCCCUGAAGGGCUUCCUGGAGGCUCUUGGGAAGCUCCAGAAAAAGUUCUAUGCAAAAGGCCAACGCCUGGACUGUCCGAUCCGUACCUACCUGGUGACGGCCCGAAGUGCCGCCAGCUCCGGCAUUCGAGCCCUGAAAACGCUGCGGGCCUGGGGACUGGAGAUCGACGAGGCAUUGUUUCUUGCAGGUGCGCCGAAAGGCCCCAUGCUGGAGAAGAUAAGGCCGCACAUUUACUUUGACGACCAGAUGUUUCACGUGGAGGGGGCGGCGGAAAUGGGCACCAUCGCUGCCCACGUUCCCUACGGCAUUGCACAGAAACACAACGCCAAACAGACCACCAGCGUGGGGAAGUAAAUGCAACACCAGAUUUUUCAUGUCAGUAACAAUGAUGACAGAUGAGAUUUGAAGAUAUCUCAAGGAAGUGAAGCGAGGUUGAGCUAUGAUGGAAGGAGUACCAUACACUGUUAAAUAUUUUGCAAAUCAUAAAGGUCGAGUAGAGGUCUGGUACCUGAGAUGACCUGAAUGCCUACAAGACCAUCAGGUAUACAUUUUAAAGCCUUAUUCGACUUAUUUCUGGUUAGGUGUUUCAAACAUUGUGCUCUAUGGGACUUUUCUGUUUUCCAAGUGUCAUUAUGAACUGAGUAUUUCUUUAAAUGUACCUUUUUAAAGACUUUUUUGAGUGCCGCAACACUGGAAAAUGCUUAAGUGAUAGCUUACUGAACGAGUACACUUUAAACACAAAGCAGAGAUAUUAUACAUGAUAGAAAUCUACUGCAUUAUAUUGUAGCAUGGCUGUCACCUUUUAUUGCUUAGGUCAAUCAUUUUAUGGUCUGACAUCACAGAAAUGUAAAAAAGAGAUAAAAAAACAAAAAACAAAUGUCUUGUGCACUAAAUGCUGACUAAUUAGCCAAUGCUAACAACACAAACAGAGAGCAGUACAAUUCAGUUUGUGCCUUAAGAAUGGGACAAUAGUUUAAGUUAUUGACUUCCUCCUGUUUCAAGCCUACAGUCUGAACUUAAGAUAAGAUAUGCUAUCAGUCUGGUUACUUGAUGCGCCCGUCCACUCCAUGGUUUUUGCUGAGUCCCUGUUAGCCAGUUUGAAUGUUUUGUUGUGUCUUACAAAAUGAUGUUUCUUUGAAUUUGAUGAAAAUGUAUUUGAGGUCACUCUACACAUGGUUUAGUUACAAUAGUGAUGGAAGGGUUUGCAAGGCAAUGGGGUACAAACAAUUCUGACAGCCCUGGCUAUUCAUGCUGCUUAAGAAAGCAAAUCAAAGUAUUCUCUCACUCAUACAAUAGCAUUAGCAUGGUAAGAUAUUUGAGGGUGUUACAGAUGUCCCUCUGAUUUGUAUUAUUUUACGUUCUUGUGUUUGCAGGGUUUUUCUGUGUUUCUGUGCACCGCUGAAAUUUAAAAUACAGCUAAAUUGAACUUCAAUCACUAACAGGUAAACUUGGCUCUCCUUUUUUUUUUGUCAAUGUAACUGAGUUAAAUAAUCAAAAAGAAUGUUAAAUAAUGCACUUAAUGCAAAUGGCCUUCAGUGAUUUAUCUAUAAUCUCUUUUGACAUGGAAACAAUAGACCGUCCUUUAUGCGAAAAAAUAAGAUAAUUGCCAAAACAGUCCCAUUCAUGCCAGAUUUUUAUUCAGGUAUACUAACUGAGAUUAUGUAAAUAAAAGAGUGUAUAGCUUUUGGCGUGUAACGUUUUUGAAUACCAUGCAUCAUGAUUGUGUCAUAGUUUGUGAUGGGAUAACAUAUAAGAAUAUGUCCCCCAUGAAACAUUUAGAUACGAUUACUAAAGCAUUCUUUAGUUUCACCACAUUUGAUGAACAUCACCAAGGCAAUACUCUUAUUAUGGUGUUUUCUUCUUUUUCUAAGUUUUUAAAAAUGCCUCCUACCACCUAAACAUCAUGGUACUUUCCAAUCUUUUAAAUUAACAUGAUUGGGAAAAUACUGUUGGAAGUUAUUUUUUUCCAUACCAAGCCCUUGCACUUUUCCCCCUAUUUAGCCGCUAUUAUUGUAAUGUAAAGAUUGUUUAAAAUCCUGCUAUAAUACAAGUUGUACAAAAAUGUAUCAUGACAGUCAGUGUUGUACAAAGCUACAAUGUGUUCUUUUGAUUAAAUCUAUUAACUACCCGUGUUCUUUGGACUGAUCCCCAACAACAAACAGGACCUGAUGAGUUUCGACAGCUCUUUUUUUUCCUUUUUUCUUGUGCCUUGAAGCAGUUUAGAUUUGGAGGGUUGAAUGAGCAUACUGGUAGAUGCCAGCCUGGGCCUUAUUUAAGUCAAACCAAAUAUCUGUUCAUCUCAAAUACAAAAACUGGUCUUCCGUAGACAAAACUGGCCAAUGGUCUUUACUAAAUCUUAAUCCGCUUCACAUGAGUGUGCACUGAGGCUUCAUACAUCUUAUCUGUCCUGAAGUUCGAUCCCUUUGAGCUGUGUUCUAUUUUUGGAUGUGAAGAGCAAUCCAGUGAUGUCAUGGUCUAACAAAGUUUUUUUCAGAAUGAAGACAGAUUUAUUGGAUAAGGAAGUUGAAGCUUUGCAACUUGGUCAGGCCAGACUUUUGGGGCAACGCUGAACAGUUUCAUUAUUUUCAUUUACUCAUGGCUUUGGUAGUAAUGAUAUAUAUAUAUACAAUCAAUUAAACUAAUAAAUGUGCU